AUGAGCAGAGAACUCUAUGUUGUUAAUUCACAAGAGAAGAUGAAGUGGUCAGAGCUCUUGCUGAUACUGGCGGCAGUGCGAGGUUCUCUCUCACAGAACAUAGAAGUAUCCCAGAUCCCUGAAGUGAAUGCCAUAGAGGGCGGCACAGCCAACCUAGAGUGUAGCUACAACUUGAGCAACUUGGAUUUAUCCAUUGGCUGGUACAGCUGGUACAGACAUGUACUGCAUGGGGUUGAUAUCCUUUACAGUGAUGACUUUAAGGGCAGAAUUACCAAAGAAAGCACAGAAAAUUUCCUGAACAAGAGAUCAGCCAGCAUACAGUUGCACAGAGUAACAGUCACAGACACCGGAAUGUAUUUCUGUGCAGUGGAGUUUUCGGGCCAGACACAAAUUAAAGGACACGGUAAUGGAACUUUCCUUAAUGUGACAGGAUAG